CAGCGGAGCGUCCCCUCCCCCACCCGUCGGGCUUCUCGGCUGCUACUGCAGAGGAUUCAGAGCGGAGUCGCUGAGGAGGAGGAGGCUCCUGGUCCCUGCGCGCCAUCCGCCACCUUACUGGACACAGGCGAGGGAGCGAGAGCGUCGCCUCUGUAGCCUCCAGAGAAGACAAGGGCAUCGCCGCUUCAGCCACCGCCGCCGCCGUUUUCGCCUGCAGCGGCUCGCCGGAUCCUCAGUCUUCCACAAUGAACCCUGUUUAUAGCCCCGUGCAGCCUGGGGCUCCUUAUGGCAACCCUAAGAACAUGGCUUACACAGGUUAUCCCACAGCCUACCCGGCCGCAGCCCCUGCCUACAAUCCUAGCCUGUAUCCCACCAAUAGCCCCAGUUAUGCUCCAGAGUUUCAGUUCCUGCAUUCAGCUUAUGGAUACCAUGAAGCAACUCUGCUGAUGAAACAGGCCUGGCCACAGAACUCGUCUUCCUGUGGCACUGAAGGCACCUUCCACCUCCCAGUGGACACCGGGACCGAGAACCGAACUUACCAAGCAUCCUCUGCGGCUUUCAGAUAUACUGCGGGGACACCAUACAAGGUCCCACCAACCCAGAGUAAUACUGCUCCACCCCCCUACUCCCCAUCACCUAACCCCUAUCAGACGGCCAUGUAUCCAAUCAGAAGUGCCUACCCUCAGCAGAAUCUAUAUGCCCAGGGAGCCUACUAUACACAGCCGGUGUAUGCUGCCCAGCCCCAUGUCAUCCACCACACCACGGUCGUCCAGCCCAACAGCAUUCCCUCCGCCAUCUACCCGGCACCUGUAGCUGCUCCCAGGACCAACGGCGUGGCCAUGGGUAUGGUGGCCGGCACUACCAUGGCAAUGUCAGCAGGUACCCUGCUGACUGCACCCCAGCACACCGCGAUUGGGGCACACCCUGUCUCCAUGCCAACAUACAGGGCCCAAGGGACCCCCGCGUACAGCUAUGUGCCGCCGCACUGGUAAAGCCUGCAGCCCAUCCAAAUCUGGAGUCACACAUUGUAUGCAACUACUCAAGUCUUACACAGGUGCUGGAGCAGUUCCCUAGUAGCACCACCUCUAUUUGCAAGAAGAGACAACGGAAGUGCAAGGGUCACUUUAUGCAUCUUUAGCGGUUUUGAUUUUUAUUUUUGGUUUAUGUAAAAGCUGCUUUUUCUAACCUCCUGCCUCUCCCCACUAUCCUCCUCUUAGCUACUGCCCUUCCAGCUCUACCCACUCUCCUACUUGACCAGGCACUUCCUCUCUGCUCUUCUUUCCUUCCCCAAGCAUCCAUUUCCCGGGGAUCCCAGUCUAGUGGCAGGUAGAGAGUGGGGUUUAUUGCAGUGGUUCAGCUGAAGGCAUGAUUUCUUUUGAAGAGUGUAACAGAUGUAGCCCUUGGGUCCAGGGUGGGAACUCAGAGCUGUUGAGAAGGCUACAUCUUUGGGGGAUUGUUUCCUUUUUUAUUUUUCUCAAGCAAGAUUAGGUUAAGACAUUACCGUAUCCUGACACAAAUGAAAUGUCUUCUGAGAACCAUCGCAACAGACCAAGAACAAAAUCCCUUGAUUAGGUAGGAGUGUUCAUAGCAGCUUAAUACCCCAGGUGAGAUCCUGGGAAAACCAGAUUCUUUCUUUGGGAGAACUUGGGGGUCAGGGGAGCACUGUGGGAGGGGAGACGGAGAUGUGCUUGCCUGUUGGCUUUGGUUUGUAAGGUCUCUGGCCAGAUGACCUGGACCCUCUGAUUUGCACAGUAAUGUGAACUGGCCUGGCACUUCCUCUGAAGGUGACUUUGACUUCAGACCUGCCAAGCAGCUGCAGGGUGGUAGGAUCCCAGCCUCCCAAAGCCUUGGAAGGCCAUGUGCCCUGUGUAAUCAAGACCUUGGCCUCUGAGCCCUCAUGGACCCACUCUGAUGAGGAGCCACCCCCUGAUUAGAGUGGGAACCUAUGGCAUUUCUCUCCUUUCCUUCUGCCCUUCCCAGUGCCAGGGCUCACCCAUCUGUCCAUGGGGCUGGCAGGCAGGCCAGGCUUUUGGUUACCUUUUGCCACUUAUGGCCAAAGUGAAGGAGCCACAUUCCAGAUGGGUGCUGGCAGCUCUGAAGGUCAAAAUAGUGAAGGAAAAGCAAUAGCAAUAAACAUUUCAUAGACUCAUGGACCUGAAGGGACCUUAGCAAUCAUCUCAUCCAUUCCCCUAUUUGACAGAUGAGGGAGCUGAGGCCUGGAGAAGAAGAAAGGACUUCCCUAGAUCUUGCAGUAAAUUAGCAUUAAAUGCAGCCUUCCUACCUAGGGGCAUGUUGCCCACAAAAAUUUACCUAGGGAUGGAUUGGCUUGGUUUUGUAAAAAUUAAGUCAGCAGUGCCCACAUCUGGUGAGCUCUGGAACAGUGUCUGGGUUUUUGUUUCUGUUCUUUUCCUCCAUGGACUCCAAAGGUAGGGGAAAGACUGGGCAGAGGUUACAUGGGGGCAGAUGGCAGGAACAGAAAUUACAAAUGAAGAAAUAGCAUUUGGAAAUUCUGUGAAGACAUCUGGAACUUUUGGCCUAUACCUGACUCCACCCCUAGGAGAACGAGCAGGUGGGCUGUCUGAAAAGGAGAGUCCGUGCUUUUAGGAUAGUAGUCCCUUCUCCUAAGAGGAAAGAGGAGGUUGAGGAUGAGGCCCAGGAGACAUGGGAUCUCCUGGGGCAAGAGGGGGUCUCCCUGGGUCAGGAGGCCCCACUAGUGUCAGCCAGGAGCGUGGUUGUCCAGCACUGCCCCCCUGCACCUAGCAUUUGGUUGGGUCAGCAGCCCCUGGUGGGGGCAGGGACAUUUUACUGUACAAAGUGGGAUUCUUGAUAACAUUUGGGUUUUUUAAAUAACUUUUUCAAUUUAAAUUCAUGUAAACUUGGACAUAUCCCUACCCCUACCUCCCAUGAUUCCCUAAAGGAGGAAAAAACCAGGAACCCUUGGGCCAGAAGGACCUCAGAGGCUGUCUGGCCAUUCCUUGGAGGGCAGAGCCCAUCAGCAUCCUCAGCCCAUAGCCAGGAUUUGGGGGCCCACCUUCUUGACCUUCCAGGGACCUGAAGGACAGUAAGGAGAAACCCAGCUGUUCUAAAUGGUCUGUUCUGGAGUGCUGAAGAAGUUUCAUUUUAAAACAACAAAGUUUCCCAGUGUUAAUCCAUUUUUUUGCAAAUACCUCCACCUACUCUCUGGUUUUAUAAGGAUGGGUGAAGGUUGUUUUAGAUUAUGUCAUACAUAUUUGGAAAAUGCCAAAACAAUAAUAGGAAACCUUUACAUUUGCCAGGUGCUUCAUAGAUUUCAGAGCACUUCACAGCCUCUAAUUUACUGGCUCUGAGACAGAGACAGGGUCAGUUAUUAUACCCACUUGACAAACGAAACUGGGUCUAGAAGGAAAGGGAACUUGCCCAAAGUGAGCAGCAUGCUGGUAUUCUGAAGGCUUCCUGAACCCUACUGCGUCCAGAUGGGCUGGAGUAGAACCAUAGAGAGAAAUGGGAAAAGAGGAGACUUAGGAAUGACCUUGUUACUUUUGUUCUUUCAAUACCCAUAAGUAAAAACUAACAUCUAGUACCUUGUAGUUCACAAAGCAAUUUCACAUUCAUCCUCUGAUUUCACCUAUGAAAUAGAUUAUUCCUCCCAUUUGACUUAUGAGGAAACUGAAACUUGGAAAAACAAAGUGACUUGCUCAUAAGUGGCAGAGCCACAUGAGUCUGUCUGCUGUUCUUUCCCUCCAGUCUGACACCAUACAUAGGCUUGCAGACUGAAGCAUCUGUGCUCUGCACCCUGUCUUAGCCCUAGUAUGUAAGCAAGAUCAAAGACAGGCCCCAAGACAAACUAGGCAAGAAAGGCUAUGGUCUGGAGGAGCCCAGGCCCAGCACCUCUUUUACUGUAUGAGCGUUGGAGCCCCAGUUCAGCUGGCCUAACUCUUGCUUUGAUGGAGAUCCACAAGCCUGGCCAGGCUUAGAGUCAUUGCAGAGAUUGAGCCAGGAGAACAGGGGCAGCAGUGUGCUUUUGGUAGGCUCACAGGUGUCUUUCAGGAGGUACCAUGGCAUCAUCCAAAGAUACUGGAUGGGCCAGUAGUGAGCUGGACAGAGGUCAGAGCUGGGAGGGCCCUGUCAUUGUAGGAAGGCCAGCAAGCCAGAGAGGACAGGGUGUGCCAACAUGACAGGGAGCUGUAGUGCUGGCACCGUGUAUAAACCCCUCUCCACCGCCUCCACCAGCUCCAUAGCUUGGCCAGCAUUAGUGGUAUGUAGGUGGUCCUAGUCACCAGCCAACCCUCUUCACUACCCACCCCACUUCUGUUUGACUCUCUCUCAUUAGCCUGGGGGCCUAGGAAGCUGGAGUGCCCCCAAGUGGUGAGAGCCUGAAACAAUCUGCCACACUUUGAAACUAAAAAAAAUGUCUUCCCCAUGAGACAGGACUGUUGCUGCUGCUCCUCUCUCUUUCUCUCCCCUUCCCUGAGUAUUGAACAAGGACACACACCUGUCCAGAGUGUUUUCAUGUACAAAGUACUUUGAUAUUAAUUGCCAAAAUACCCAUUUUAAAACUAAGUCUCAGAAGGCUUAAGAGACUUGCCAAAGGUCACAGCUCAUAAAAGAAAGAGCCAACAUUUGACUCUUCAUAUCCUCUGCUUUUUUUGUUGGCACCUGCUGGGUCUGAAUGGCAGGCAUGAGGAAGGGAUGGGCUGCCUGUCUACCCCAUGGGUGUGGGGACUUACUGCUUAUCCCAACUCUUACCUCUGGCCACCCCCAAAUUGUUCCAAGUUUAUGGUAUCUCGCUUUUAGAGGUCUGGGUGGGGGGUG